UUAGGGCGGCAGACGAAAUCUCGUGCGCCGCCGCCUUUCUGCCCCCCGUUCAUCCAGCAGCCUCAGAUCUCCGCCAUAUUCCACAUCUUCGACGGCCCCGCAACAGGCUGUUUGCAGAACCAAUCCGGACGGCCCUAGAUGUAAAAUCUGGAACUGGAGCCAUACGGGAUUUGAUCUUGCUGCUGCAGGGUACUGGGUGGGUUAGCUGGGCGAGGGCCGAGGGAGGGAGGGACGACGGUGAUGAAUCGCCAGUUCGCCAACAUGAUAGUGCGCGACGGCGGCAGGGGAGUCUACUCCCUGUGCCGUUUCGACCUCGCGCGGCAUCUCUUCCACCCUUCCACAGCAGCCGCACAAGCAGCAGCUUCUGCAAAAGCGAAUGAGAAGAAGGGAUUGUUACUGCCAACGACCUCGAGUUCUCGAUGACUCCGGCCAUGGCCGGCUCGCCGUACAUGCAUUUCUUCUCGCUGCUGAGAGGGCAGGCAGAGGCAGAGGGCUCCGUCAUGUUCGUCCCGUGUUACGACAACCCCGUCAUGUACGACGUCGACAAGGAGUCCGUCGCCGGCGUGCCCCUGCCCAGCUUCCCCAAGCACAGCGACUCCAUCUCCAUGUCCAUGGCCGGGCCUCGGGGACGCGUCAACCGCCGGUACGACGACGGCGGCGGCCAGCAGCAGCUCUAUGUCAUAACCAGAGGAAAUGGCUACGAUGGCUUCUUCGAGGUGUUGAACUACACGAGGACCGGCUUCCCUUGGUACGGUCGAUCUCAUGCUGGGCCCCUGUGGUGGAGCUGGAAGCCUCUGCCCUCCCCGCCGCUCUACUCGCCGGACAUCGGCAGGAAAGUGUUCUCCCCCUCCGCGGCGGCGGUGGUGGACGACACGACGAUCUGCGUGUCGUCCGUGGACGCCGGCAGCUCCUGCGCCUUCGACACGGCCAGGGGCGAGUGGAGGCAGGCUGGCCGCUGGGUGCUGCCCUGCGACGGCGCGGCGGAAUACGUCCCCGAGCUCGGCGUCUGGUUCGGCGUGGAGCACGCCAAACGCAACCCAGACCACUUCCUGCGCGCCUUUGACCUCUCCUCCUCCUCGCCGCCGGUGGUGCGGCAAACCUGGAGCUACCUCGACCGCCUGCCCGGCGAGUGGCUGACGUCGCAGAGGCACCUGGUGAACCUGGGCGCGGGCAAGUUCAUCGCCACCAGCUUUCAGAGCAUCGAGAGGCACCCAAGCUCAUGGGGCUACCGUUCUGACGACGGGCUGGACGAUGACGUAGUGCUCCAUGACCUCAUCGUCUUGACAGGAGUGGAGGUGGUGCGCCGUGGCGAUGAGCUCCACAUGAUCAACCACAAGCGCAAAAUUUACAGGUUCCAAGACGAUUCCAUUAUCCACUGCGUGUUCUGAGUCAGGGACUGGACCGAUCCAAACGAAAAUUUGCAUGAUGUGCAUUUAUGCAUUCUUGGAGAUCAUUGCUAUUUUUUUUGUUGGAGUUUGAAGAUUGUUGUAGAUGCCUUCAUCGUGUUAGUGUUGAUCUCCUCUUAGUUGGUCCAACGG